AUGACUAUUACCCUGCGCAUUUCCGUUCCCGUGGAGGAGUUGUCAUUACCCAAGAACUCCACCGGCAACGACACGGCCAGCUCUCACCAGCCCCCUGCUCGGGGUAUUGAUACCUCUACCGGUUUCUCUAGGCUGCUCUCCGGGCCAACUGCAGGUCCACCACUGUGCAAGCGGACUCAACUGCAGAACUUCAACUGCGCCAACCUUUGCAACUCGCUUGUGCGCGACGAGCGUGUCUGCUGCAGCAGCGGUACCCUCCCCAGCACCCUGCCUUCCGGAAACUCGGACGGCACGUGCAAGACACGCCAGGUUGUGCUGGGUGACGACUGUGGCUCAUUAGCCAACAAGUGUGCGAAUUCGAAGACCGGCCUCUGCUCCAGCCUGGCUGAGGGCCAACACGUCUGCUGCAUUCGGGGCACGCUACCUGACCUGAGGCCUAAGGAGGACGCCGAUGGCUACUGCGCCGUCUACACCACCAAGGAGAACGACUACUGCUCCAAGAUCGCUGCGGGCCUCAUGCUCACCGUGGAAGAGCUCGAGACUUUCGACAAGAACGCAUGGGGCUGGAACGGCUGCAAACUGCUUUACCCUAAGUUCAACAUGUGUGUCAGCAAGGGAGCCGCGCCUAUGCUGCAAUUGUUCCUGUAA